AUGGUCAACCGUCCAACCAAGGAAGGGCCAAUGGCCUGUCCCAAGGAUUACAUGCAUGAAUACGCAGGUGAACUGGCGAAACUGCGCAAAGGAUGUAUCAAACUCCUGAAGAACCACGAACUGAACACUCCCAAUACCCACUGGAUGGGAGGCGACAAUGCUCCCGAGAAGCCUGACCUGAACGAGGACAAAGCCCUCCUCCCGCUAGCAACCGAAGUCACCAUAGUGAACAGAAAACCAGAUUUCCCACCCCCGUUCGUCCGCCUUAGCGAUGAACUCGUGUAUUUGGCCACCAAAUUCCUCUCAUCAACUGAACGUGGCCGGAACUAUCCCUACGACUUCCUUCCAGGCGGUGAUAUCGAUCCUGACCGCGUUCCUUCAGGUGUCGGCCCUCUCGACUGGGCCCAUGGCUUGCCUUUCUUCCCCGUCUAUAAAGGAUACUAUAUCCUUUGCGGAAGGGCAAACGCACACUGGAUUGGAUGGAUUCUGCAUGAGAAGUGUCAGGCCGUGAUGAGGAAAUACCCCAUUUGGACCAUCGGACCCGUUGUUGCUCCUGGAUCUGCGGUUGCACUUCAUCGGUCAGUUGAUCGCCAAUUGCACACUCAUAUGAUUGCGAGUGCCAAGGAGUGCGUGAGAAAUCUCGAGAAACAUCCCAAGGCGCGCGAUGUCGUUUCUCGGGCUCACGAUGAAGGGUCAAUUGUGCCGAAGGAUAUUCACGAGGGUGUCAUGAUCACGGCUAUUUACAAUGUUCAGGGCUACUCAAUCCAUGUUGGACCCACAGGCCCGGUUGGAGGUGCGCCUGUUACCAUGACGAAGGAUUGGUUUGCAAAGUUCGUAGGACAUAAUUUCGAUUACGAUGCUGCUUCGAGGGUGAAUUUUGCCAAUGAGAAGUCUCCCCGUGUCUAUGGUGGUGUACAUGAUGAUCACGACGAAGAGGAAGAGGAAGUGGAUGGAAACUCGACCGAUGGAACCGAUGAAACCGAUGUCAUGGAUGAGACGGCAGAUAGCCAGAUCGUGGCUCCUGAAGAUUGGACCAUGAAUUGCGAUGUCGAAGGGGAGACUGAGAUCACCGAGCCGGUCAAGGAGGAAAUUGCUCCCAUCGAAAAUCUUCAUGUCGCCGAGCCCAAGCAAACCUCCAACGCUGAAACCUUUCACGUCGCUCAACCUGAGACUGCUCGGGUCAUCGAAGCUCCUGAAAUCGCCAUGUCCGAGGAAGUAUUCUGCGCCAAAAGCAUCGACACCACUGAUCCCGAGGACAUGAACAUCAACGAAACACCUGCUAAGCCUGAGGAAGCAUCCCGCGCUGAAAGCAUCGAUGCUGAUCCCAAGGACGUGAACGUCAACGAAACAUUUGUUAAUAUAGAAGACAAGGGCCAGGAAAAAGACAGUGAUGGAGACAAAGAUGUCCAAAAUGCCGAGCGUCUCGCGUUGUUCAGGGAUUUGAACGACAAGGAAGCCUUGGAUUCCAACCAAGACGCGCAAGCCCACCCCAGCGGAAACUAA